AUGAUCCCCUACGCUGUGCUUGUUGGCUGCAUCGCCGUCGUGGUGACUUACAUCGCGAACACGGUACGAUGUUUCCAAAAGAACCUGGCGCUCGCGAAACAGAGCGGAAUCCCAUACAUUGCGAUCCCGAUAUACACAUUCAACCGCUUCUGGCUGGUCACCCACAAGCUAUGGCUGCCCUUCAUACGGAAGCUGCCUCAUUCAUGGACGAAAGACUGGAUUGACUUCCUCGUUCCUGAGUUCCCCUGGGAUAAGAAAUAUGAGGGCCUCUUCAAGGCGCCUGGCACUGACAUCAUCUUGUUGGUGGCUCCUGGCGCCAACACUCUCUUGGUGGCAGAUGCAGAUUGCACGAGCCAAAUUACUGCCCGACGGAAUGAUUUUCCUAAGCCGACAUGGCUGUAUACCAGCGUCGAUUUGUUUGGCAAGAAUGUCGUGUCCACGGAGGGUGCCAACUGGCGCCAUCACCGGAAGAUUACCAGUCCUCCAUUCACCGAGAAGAACAAUUGUCUAGUGUGGAAGGAGUCUCUUGAGCAGGCCGAGAGUAUGAUGGCUGGCUGGGUCGGCGGCAAUAAGACUGACAGCGGCACGAUAUGGACCGUCGCCACCGAGGCAAUGCGUUUGUCCUUGCAUGUCAUCAGUCGGGCAGGGUUCGGAGUCAAGCUCUUCUGGCCUCAUGAGCAGAGUGUCACCGCCAUUCCCCCAGGACAUACCAUGACCUACAAGGAUGCUCUCGAGACGCUUCUUCAUAGCUUGAUCCCGCUCAUGCUGCUUCCUCGAUGGCUUAUGAAGCGGCUUCCUUCUGAAGGCCUCAAGCGAGCCGAACGAUCAUUGACGGAAUGGGGUCAAUACAUGCGUGAGAUGUAUGAGGAGAAGCGCAAAGAAGUGAAGCGCGGAGAGAGCACAGAAGGCAUGGACCUCAUGGGAGCACUUGUCAAGGGUUCCGGCCAAACAGAAGACGUCCUAAACAGCGACGUGGAGAAAGCUCAAGCCAAGCAGUUACUGACUGACGAAGAAAUCAUGGGCAAUUCCUUUGUCUUCAUUCUCGCUGGCCACGAAACCGCAGCGAACACGAUCCACUUCUCGACACUCUUCCUGGCCAUGCACAUGAUUUCGCAGAAGCAUUUGCAGGACGAUCUGGACCGGAUCCUCGGUGAUCGUCCAGUCUCGGAGUGGGAUUAUGACAAAGAUAUGCCGAAACUGUUUGGCAGCAUGUGCGGUGCAGUGAUGAACGAAGAGCUGAGACUGGUCGCCCCUGUCGUUGGCAUCCCCAAGUGCACUGCCAAGGACAAGCCACAGGGACUCAAUCUCAACGGAAGACAUGUCGUUGUACCUCCAGGAUGCUACGUGACUUUGAAUACUGCAGCCGUCCAUCGUAAUCCUCAGUACUGGCCCCACACUUCCCUCGAAGACGUUUCGGAGUUCCGCCCCGAGCGUUGGCUUCUCGAUCCUUCAAAGACAAACAGCAAUACAGAAGACGACACGUACGACAAAGAAGAAGGUCUCGACCUCGACGGCCCAGAUCAACGUCCCGACACUGCCGCAUCGCUUUACCGACCCCCCAAGGGAGCGUACGUCCCCUUCAGCGAAGGCUACCGCUCAUGUCUCGGGCGACGAUUCGCGCAGGUCGAGAUCCUCGCUGUUCUGGCCGUCAUGUUCAAGACCUGGUCCGUGGAGUUGGACGUCAGUGAUUAUCUCUCCGAUUCCGAGUUCGAGAAGGCUUCCCAAGCGGAGAAGAUCGCGGCUUGGGAGAAAGCUGAUGCGAGAGCGAGAGAGUUGUUGAGGAAUGUCGAGACACUUGGUAUCGUACGGGCGAGAAUGCUUGAUGGUCAUUCGAGUCAGUCACAUUCCAAUUCCCGAUCGACAGCAAGCGAUUGGUCAUGA